UGCGCUCAUAUGCGCACACGUGCUCACUGACCCCAAACCCCCCGCGUCCCUUCCCCACCACCACAACCGAGAAUCCAAUCCAGCCAAGGCCAUGGACGGCGGCGACAUCGCGGCCGGCGGCGGCGGCGGGGGCGGGGGCACGAGCAUCCACGUCACGGCGCUGGACGGCAUCGUGAACGUGAACUCGCUCUUCACGCUCGCCGCGUUCGUGGGCCUGGCGUGGCGCCCCUCCGCCGACGGGCCGGGGCUCGCCGCCGGCGCCGACCGCGCGGGCAGCCCCUGCGCAGCCGGGGACCGCGCCGAGUCCGACCUCGUCUCCUUCCACGUCCUCGCCUUCGCUUGCUUCCUCUUCUCCAGCCUCGUCGCGCUCUGCCUCAAGCAGCUCGUCCGCACCUUCCCGCCCCACCGCCGCCGCGGCGCCGCCGCCGGCCCCUCCUCCUCGUCGUCCGCCCUCGGCCGGACGGCGCGGAUCAACCGCGCCGCGCUCCGCGUCGGGAUCCUGGCCUCCGCCGUGGGCUCCGUCGCCGGCUGCGGCUUCCUCAUGAUGGCGCUCGUCAACGUCGUGCAGGUGAAGCUCGGCCGCCUCGGCUGCGGCGCCGGCGGCUCCGCCGCCUGGGCCGCCGUCGUGCCGCUCGUCACGCUCGUCCCCGCCGCCAUGCUCAUCUACAUCGGCAUCGUCUUCUACGCCUUCACCCGCUAGCAGAUCGACAACAAGCAAGAGCAGAAUCUGGUGUUUGGACCAGAUCUUGUCUGUGAAAUGAAAUCCUCAGAUCUUGUGUGUCACCUUGUCUGUACAAUGCAGCUUGCGUUUGUAAAUUGUAUGCUUGUGAUUGUGUUUUCUGGUCUGCUUAUUUUGAGCAAAGUGAAUCUGUUGCAAACUUUUAUCUGAAUCCUUCAAGUUGGACAUGGACUGCACUUGCCAUGUUA